UCGAUCCCGCUGUCGAUCCCGCUGUCGAUCCCGUCGAUCCCGUUGUCGAUCCCACCCUGGAGCCUUUCAAGCUCGAUCGCUGACACCAUGGCCGCAGCACCCAGGCUCUCCAGUCAGGGCCAGAACCAGGCCCAGAACAUCAAGUUCAUCCACAAGAAUGCAAAGGCCCUUGGAUCGACCGGCACCAACAAGAAAAACGUCCUGAAGCAUGUUCUGGAUUCUCCUCACAGCUUUGCCUGGCCAUCGCCCUCCGAUGGGGACAACAAGGCAAUACUGGAUCUGCUGACAGAUGCGGUCUGUGCGCCGUGCUCUGGACUCGAUGCCGCUCAGCUCGCCGCUGCAAAGCUGCCGUUCCCACCCUCGGAGUAUGUCGUGGGCCUCAACUCGGUCACCCGCUACCUCCAAGAAUCGUCCCUGGCCAAGCAAGCUGCCGAUGAGGCAUCGGCCACCCCACUACGUCUUGUUAUUGUCUUUCGCGGGGACAUUGAAGCAUCGCAUCUGGUGUCGCAUCUACCCACGCUGGUUUAUCUCUCCAAAUGGAAGAUUCUGCAGUGCACUCUCAAGAAGGGCUCUAUGAGCAGUUUUCUAGCCCGGUUGUCCGCAGCACUGGGCGAAAACGACAAGAAGCACAAGUGGAGAUCUGUGAGCGUCCUGGGUAUUAAGGAGGGCACGCCGCGCUUUGAUGCUCUGGUCGAGUUGGUCGCUUCCAAAUUCCAGUCGGUAGAGAUACCGUGGCUCAAGCCCACCAAGAGCCUCCUCGGCUCGAGGAAAUCGAGCACGCCUGCGGUACAAUAUUUGCCGACCAAGAUCCGGACGAUCCAGACGGCAAUGCCGAUCGGUCAGGCAAACUCGCGGCGACGCAAUCAGGGAGAAGGGGGUGGGAAGCAGCAGCAGCGCCAGGCCGAAUUCAAAAGGCGGCGAACAAAGCGACCAGCAGAAAGGGCCGCCCAGGUCCAUGACACCAAUUUGGAUACUCAACCAGAGUCGAGCGCUAUGGAUGUGGACUCGGAAGCCCUUGAUGGCAGCUGAAUGCCACGACCCAGAUGGCUGCACCUCGUUUGAUCACACCAUUUGAUUACAUCGUUUGAUUCACAUCGCAAAUACACGUCAGCGAUCCAGGGCAUAUCAUUCGUUAGAUGUGUAUUGGAC